AUGGAGCAAGAUUAUAAUAGUUUUAACAAUAUUCAAAAUAAUAAUAAUCUUCAAAAUGAAAAUAAUACUAUAAGUUCGAGUAGUGCGAGUAUAUCAAGUGAUAUGUCAGAAAGAAAAAAUCAAACAGAUAGUCGUAAUGAUAAUAUUUAUAGAGAUUAUAUGAAUAGGAGCGGAGGUCAUAGAUGGAGAAGAGGAAAUAAAAUUAGAAUCGUUAAUCAAAAGGGUUCUAGUUUUCCAGGAGGUCUAGUUCGAUAUAAAGGACCUACAUUGGAAUCUGAUUUACUUUUUCAAUCGGGAGAUAUUAUUGAACUGGAUACAAAGAAGGCAGUACCAACUAAAGAGUUAUCAUUUAGAGAGAUAUUUAAAUUAUUCCUGGGUCUUGAUCAACUAAGACAUACAGCACUGUACAAAGCUACAAUGAUAGAGUUCCUUGGUAUGACAAUAUUCACCUAUAUGUCAAUAGGAAUUGUAGUUGCCACUAUUAAUUUUUACAAUUUCAGUGUCCCUUAUCAUGAUCAACCACAUAAUCCAGGAUUAGUUGCACAUCCUGCUCAAAUUAUAAUCAUUGCAAUAGCUCAUAUACUCUUAUUGUUAAUAGUUUUAAUUAGUAUAUCACCAGGUAGCGGUGGAAUUCUAAAUUGUACAAUCACUCUAGCUACCAUUUUUACAGGAUAUACAACUCUAACUAAAGGAGUAUUUUAUAUUAUUGCAGAGUUGUUGGGUUCAAUUGUCGGUACUGCAAUGAUGUAUGCAUCAUUACCAUAUGAGAUUUACUCGAGAACGAAUCUGGGACAAUGCAACUAUGGAGAUAGCCUUUCAGCUGGCAAUGCACUUGCAACUGAAUACAUGAUAUCAUUAUUUAAUUUAUUGGUUAUUUUUGGAACAGCACUGGACCCUCGUCAAACUCAACAAUUUGGAAAUCUGUUACCUCUUCUCCUAGCAUGUAUCACUCUUGGAUUAUCACUCUAUGUUCCACCAGGUUUAGGAUUUCUAGCUGCUCCAGUUUUAACACAAAACAGAAAGAAGCUUCGUAAGACAAUAAGCGACCAAUCAAUUGAUUUGUAUAUCAAAAGUAAAGUGUUUAAAUUUAAAUGUCAACAUAAAACUAAUACCUUAAAUGAUCUUUUUGAUCAACAAAUGCUUACAAAAUCUAAUGCUAGCCCUAAAAGGAAAAGCGAACAAGCUUUACAACAAAGACAAUUAGAAUCAAAUAAUACAUCAACAACAUUUAAAAGAUAA